AUGGCAAGUCAACGCCCUCGGAGCCAACAACUCGAUAUCCUGGUUCAGCUGCACCUCCUGAUCGCGCAAUCCCUCCCCCUCCUCCCGACCCUCUACCACCUCAGACAAACAAACCACUACUUCCACACCCUCCUCCCACCCCCAACACACACCGAACUCCUCGCCGCCGAAACGAGCCCCUUCGCGAUCGCCCACAACCUCUACGCCUGCCGGUACUGUCUGCGACUGCGACCAGGACACACCUUCGCGGACCGGAUGCUCCGACACGGACGGGGCCGAUACGGCCGGAAGCAAGGGAAUCGGUUCUGUCUGGAGUGUGGGGUGAAGCCGCGCGAGGGGGGCUCUGAGGCGCGGUAUGCGCUGGGGGACCUGGCCGACAACCUCGAUGUUUUCGAGCUGGAUGUCUCGGUCCAGACCGAAGAAAAGGUCGAUGAGUCCGACUCCCUGAAGGUCUCGAUUGAGAUCAGUUGA